UCCAUUUAUAAACAUAAAGCUGACGAGUACGCAAUGAAUCAUUUAAGUUUGGUGGUCAUCUGCUGGAGCUGUUUGCUAUUAACAAUAGCCACAAAAAGUGAAGCAGCUGCUGUUUGGAAAUUGCCAACGCCGGAAAAAGUGCAAGGGGAUUUGGAAAAUUGUCGCCAAGCAUCGCGAGACGAAGAUGCAGUCACCUUGAGAUGUCUGGUGAAAGAACUGGGCCUCUGGACAGAUGAAAGCGGCUACAAUGCCAAACGGAUAGCGAAGAUCUUCGCUGGCCACAACCAAAUGGAGGAACUGAUGCUGGUGGUGGAUUACUGCAACCGGAGGGAGGAGCGAAGAACCCAGUUGGAUGACUGGGCCUUCCUGGCCUACCAAUGCGCCACUUCCGGUCGCUUUGGCCAUUGGGUCAAGGAUUUCAUGAGCCAAAAAUAAUUUAAAUAAAAGCUAGUUUUAAGAAACAUAAUUAUUUUAUUCCCGUUUAAAUCGACACUUUUUUAGCCGUUUAGAUAUAUAUAUUUAGAUAUAAAUGUUCCAUGCAAAUAGAUUUUAGACAGACCUAGGUAACAAGACUUGCUUAACAACUUGCUUAUUAUAUAAAUACAAAAAAACACAAAGACUACCGACAAUGCUACUAAUAUAAAUAAAAAUCAUUUGUUAUAUCCCU